AUGGAUUUAACGGGCAUUACCGAAUGGUAUUUCUUGGACUGUCAGCGCUCACUUGAUGUUCUUAUGAUUGAUAUAAAGUCUUUGCAAAAUCCUUUUAUCCAGUGUUUUGUCAAUGAUGUACCAGGAAACUUACAAGAAUCGCGAUUUUGUAACACAGACGAUAACUUUGGAAGGCUUCAUUUAAGGAGAACACGAGGUCGGUAUUUCACAUUUGCAUCUUGGGAAAGCAUAGAAGGUGUUAUGUCAAUUAGGGUGUUUUUGUCAAGUGUUGAAGCACAAAAUGGUGAGUCAUGCUUUGAAAGUAUUGAAAUAGUUGACAAACAGGUACCUGGCAGUCAAAUAACUGUUUCGUCUGCGCACUCAAUACAGAUACCAUCAGAUGUCACAUACAAAUUAACUGGUUGGAUCCCUGACUUGACAGAUAUUACUCCUUGGAUUUUGGUGGAUCUAAUUUCUACAACGACACUAGAAGGAGUUGGUAUCUAUUUUUUCAAAAGUUGUGAUAGGUGGACCAAUUUCAGUUUAUCUUUUGGCACGAGAAAGGAUCAAUUGCAGAUGUACAAGGACAUGGAAUUUAGGAUUUUUCCACCAGAAGACUCGUUGAACAAAGAUCAGAUGUUUACUUUUCCUAGACCAAUCAAAGCAAGAUACGUACAAUUCAAUGAUUCAGUUGAAAAUCCAUCGAACAAACCUAGAUGCCUUAUUUUUCAAUUAUACGGGUGUAAAUUAAUAAGAUUUACGGACAUAAAUAGAAACAGUUUAUCUGAAAUGCUGCCUCUUGAACAAGAAUUGCGAUCUGGAGACUCAACGUUUGUUAGAAGUACAAAUGUGGAGGAAUGUAAAGCUCUUUGUAGUUCAAAAUACAAUUGCAGUGUAGCCAGUUUUAGUGAAGAGAAACUUUGUUAUCACUACAUGGGUAGUGAACUUGGAAUAUGGAAAAGUGUCGAGAUUGCCAAUGGUAGUCAGUGGUUUGCCAAACUACAAAACAAUGAUAUGGUGCCGUUUCCAAGAGCUACCACAACAGGGGCGUUUUCUGGAAACGUACAGUAUUUAGAUGGAGACUCGAUACUAACAUCACUAGGUUACCCUUUGACAGUAAUAUUGGACAGUGAUGUACAGUGGAUUGUAAAUUUUGAACCCCAACAGUUUGCCAAAUUUGUUUUCACAAACGUAUCACUAUCCGAGAGUGAACUCAUUGUAAAAGCAUCGCAAGAGGUAAACAGAGGAUUUAUCAUUGACGAGAAUCUCAACGAUGAAGUAUUUGUUUUAGAAACAAACCAAAGCCUGUUGUUUUUAACAACAAUUUCUAAAACGAUAUGGUCACCAACGGUUAAAUUCCGGGCAAUUGUAACUGCUGAAGAAACCCCAGCCUGUUUUUCACUCGUUUUGGAUAUACUUUCUAAAACAAGAAAAGAACUAUGCAAUAAACCAAGUAUGUUCCUGACAUCCCUUUCAUAUUUGAAUCUUGAUCAACAACUUAAGGAAGAAGAGUUUAUAAUUCAAGCCGGAAAGCAUCAAAGCAUUGACUUAAUUUUCGUCGACUUCUACAUGCCGUGUUAUAGCAAGGAUUUUAACGUCGGAACUUUUAAAGGAGAAUCGUAUACACACGUUACAGGCCCAUUCAGAUCAAAAUUUGCCAUCAAAGAUGUUGGAAGUGAGAAUGAGUUUUGUACAGGAGUGUUGCCCCCAGACACAUACAAAUCAAAAGGUUCUAUAAUUCAUUUGCAUUACCGGCCGCAUCGCUUUCUGAAGUAUCCGCGUAUAAUUGGCGAAAGAAUCGGGCAAAGUGAAGGAUUCCGUAUACAAUACAAAAUAUCAGAACAUUCGUUUGAGAAGUAUACUACUGAGGCUAAAGGAAAUAAAUCACUACCAACAACAUGUUCCAGGCUUUUCAAAAAAUGCUACACUGUAUUCUCUGAAAAAGUUUCAUGGGAUAUUGCAAAUGAUAAAUGCCGUAAGCGCAAUGAACAUCUUGUGACUAUAACAUCAAGAAAGGAAAUGACUUACAUCCAAUACUUGCUUAGAAGCGCAUUAUAUUAUCAGCGGAAGACUGAGCUAAAGAAUGAACUUCAAGCUAAUGAUCAAAAACUUAACGGAGCACAUAUUGGUUUAAGGCGAGUUAAAGACAAACAAUGGCGGACGAAUUUCAAAUGGUUAAACAGAUACAACUCUACGUUCAGUGCUUGGGAAAGCAAACAACCUGCAACUGGAGACUGUACUCGUACGUUAUUCGAGUACUUUAACAUCGAAGAACUUUGGGGCACUGAGGAUUGCUUGUAUAACCACGUCGAAUUUUUCAUCUGUGAGAAACCGUUUUCAGAGAACAAGAUGAACACAAAGACUGGUGUCAAGGACGAUGAAUGUAAAACAGUCUUUAGGAAAGAAGACCUUGUUGCAUCCCCAUACUCUGGUAAAACAUGUCAAAAUUGGAAAAACCUGUCUGACACAGCUAAAAGUGAUUUCGACGAGAAGUUUUCUUCUUCAGAAACUGCUUUAAAAAAUUCGACUCUGUGUACAGAUGUUACUUCAAAUGAUAUACCGUGGUGUUAUGUUAAUGACCCUGGUGAAUUUUUGCUGGAGCCGUGCUUUUUGCAAUUGAAUAUAACCAUUGGUUUAGACAAAAGUAACGCCAGUCUGCCUGAGAAAAAGAGGAUAUCUGACAAAAAAUGCAUCGAUGGAUCGUCAAUACCUCGGGUGAAUUGGUGUGAUAGGAAUUUUGACUGCUCAGACUACACGGAUGAGUUGUCAUGUCAGGAUAGUUUUAACGAUCACAAUCUUACGAAUGUUGGUAAUACAAUGAUAAAUUCUAAUUUACCUCGACGACUCGAACCCGGAGCGUAUUUCCAUUGUGAAGAGAGCAAAGAAUGGAUAUCUAUGUUAGCUCAGUGUGAUGAUGUCAUCGAUUGUCUUGAUGCUUCAGACGAAAUCAAUUGUUCGCACAGCAAUAUUGCAUGUGAGGACAAUGAGUUUUUAUGUGAUGAUGGACAUUGUGUAAAGCUGAGUCAGGUGUGCGACUUUAUAUCUGACUGCGGGGAUGGUUCGGAUGAGUUCUGUGAAUACCAAGUGUGCAACGUAAAUGAAUUUCGUUGUGAAAAUAGACAGUGUAUUCAAGCUGAGAAACGAUGUAACGCUAUAUAUGACUGUGUCGAUCAUAGUGAUGAAAUAAAUUGUGACUCAUGUCAGAAAUCAUUUCUCUGUGCGGAUGAUUACAAAUGUAUUCCUCAUCGACUGACGUGUGAUGGCUACUUUGACUGUAGGGAUAACAGUGAUGAAAGGCUUUGUGUAGGUAAUCCUCCAACUUCCGAAGACUUCAGUGGUAAUUAUAUAUGGACAGGGAAAUUAAGUGACGAGAUGUAUAGUUGGAAUUUCAUAACAAACAAGAACGAAUCUGGAAGUUUUACAUUUUUAAGACAUCGUUUACUCGAAAUAUUUGCAGUCAACGAUAUUAAGAAUGAGGUUUUUGGCGAGAGCUACACUUGUUUCAUAAAGGUACAAGCCAAUUGCAAGCUCAGAUUUCGGGAAGCGGCUUCUGUUGAUAAUUACCACAAUGAUUUUGCAUAUCCGGCAUGUCAUUGCACAAUAGGAACAUUCAAAAUAAGGCAUAUACGUCAAAUGUAUUCCGAGUUGGAUAUGGUUUCCUUAAAACGAUGCAAUGGUAGUGAAAUCACAGAAUCACAUGUUGCUGGAGAAAGAAUUACUGAUAUAAAAGACGUAUUUGGUACGAUUUAUCGUGAUCCAAACUACUUUUUAGACAUGACGCCUGGACAUCCUUAUUGCACUUACGAGUACAAUGCAAGCGUUUUUGGUGAGUUUUUUCAUUGCAAAAGAGAUGACAGGGCAAUACCAGAGUCGAUGAUGUGUAUUUAUGCAGUAGAUGCUAGCGGUUACAUGACUGGGUGUAGAUCUGGAGACCAUUUACAAAACUGUGAAAACUUCCUUUGUCCAGAAAAUACAGUCAAAUGUCCUGGAAGUUACUGUAUUGAACAAAGAUUUCUAUGUGAUGGACAAAGCGAAUGUCCUGGAGGAGAAGAUGAACAAAAUUGUACUUGUAUAGACUCAGAUAGAGAAGUCAUCUUAUUUGUGGAAGAUCAAGAUUUUGAGGCAGGAGAAGCAGCAAUGCAUUUGGCUAAGCAAUUCUUUACAAGCACUCAAAAUAGUGUCAUAAGAUUGUUUUAUUUUAAAAGUCUGCAUAGAUCAAUGAAGUUUCACAUUACGUACAAGUUGUUAGAAAUAAGGGAAGAACGUCUUAAUCAAGUAAAAGAAUCUGAAUGCAAGAAAAAAACAUUGGCAAGAGAUUUUCUAAAAAUGCUGCACUUUUCCAAACCAGAAAAAGGAGCCAUUAUUGUAUUUGAGAAUAGUGAUGAAUCAUCAAUUGUUGCCGACUUAGCAUUGUCCAAUCUUUCAGAGCCAGCGUUUGCAAUAUAUCGGGUGAUACGAGAUUUUAAUUCUUCACUUUAUAAAGACGAUACAUACAAAUUUGUAAAAGACAUUCACAUUAGUAAAUGGAGUUCCCUGUAUUCGACUGGGUUUAGAAGAUUUCCAGAAAUAUGCACAGAGGCUUCACUCGUUCCAUGUGCGGGAAAAUACAGAUGCUCUUCAAGUAAGCAAUGUAUACCACUUGAACAAGUGUGUGAUAAUGUCAUUCAUUGUAGAAAUGGUGACGAUGAACGGCUGUGUGAUUCUUUGUGUCCACCGAAAUGUUAUUGUGUUGGGGAGGCAAUUAAUUGUAGGGCGGCAAACAUAUCUCUUUCUGAUAUCUCAGCAUUGACCAUGCAGGUCAGGAGUGCUGAUCUAAGCUUAAAUCCAAAAAUUACGAAAAUUCACAAUAAUAGUUUACGCUUUCCUUACAUGUUCCGUCUCAAUUUGUCAUCCUGUGACAUUCAGGAUAUUGAUAAAAAAGCUUUCCAUCACUUACAAUAUCUUUUGUCAUUGGAUCUUAGUAGUAAUAGAAUACGGCGGUUACCUCCUAAGAUAUUUAGCAAACUUCGUAAUCUAACACACUUGAAUCUAAAUGGAAACUUCGAGUUGACAGAGAUUUCGUCGACAUCUUUUAAAGGUUUAAAAGCUUUAAGAAGUUUGAAAAUUACUGGCACAAAGCUGAAAAAGAUAAACUCACACACCUUCUCUGGCUUACAGUUAGACAGUAUAGAUAUUUCUUACAACGAAAUUGAGGAAAUUGAAGAUUAUGCUUUCAACAAUUCUGUAGUUCAUAAAAUUAACUUUGAAGGAAAUAAUGUAAUAAGAUUUAGAAAGAAAAUGUUUGACGGCAUCAGAUCACUUCGAGAGCUUCACACACCUGCCUUUAAAUUCUGUUGCAUCCGCCCUUGUUAUGUUCCUGAAGAAAAUUGCAAACCAGUCAAGAAUGAAUUUUCAUCAUGUGAAGACCUCAUGAGAAACUCUGUACUUCAAGCAGUUCUAUGGAUUGUUGGGCUAUCUUCAUUAUGCGGAAACCUCUCGUCAAUCAUCUACCGUCUUGUCUACGAUCGUGAACGGCUUAAGAUAGGUUAUGGCAUAUUUGUAACUAACCUUGCAGUCGCAGAUUUCUUUAUGGGCGUGUACCUGAUCAUGAUUGCAGUUGCUGAUUCACUUUUCAGAGACAGGUACAUUUAUGAG